CAGCACAGCACAAACAAACACAUCACACGAAGAUUCCUCUUCACACAUUUCUAGAGGUUCAACCAAACAGCUUGAUUUUAAAUAUACCAUGGCAUCUUCGGGAACGCGCGCUUCCUGCGACAACUGUCAUAAUCAGAAGCUGAAAUGCAUCCGCGAUCCUUCCGAUGGAAAGUGUCGAAGGUGCUUACGACUGGAUAAGUCAUGCAACCAUUCGCGAGCUGGGAGGUCUGGCAGACCCAGGAGGCUUCAGUCGUCGACCUCAAUGGCAAGCAUAACACCUGCCUCAUCACUAUCUGUGUCGGAUGGUGUUUCGGAAACGCCUGCAACCCCCCAUGCUUGCCGCUUAACAUCGAUUUCAGCUCUUACAGACAUCUUGGACUUCAAUGAUGGUUCCAAUCCCGAAAUAUUCACUGCCGAUGAUAUGAUUCUCGUCGGGAGUGGUCCAAUGCCUGAAUCGGGGUUCCUUGUGCAGUCUAAUGCGGACCAAACAAUUAAACUGGCCGACGUGGCCACGGAGCCCGUCAUUUUCACGAGGCUAUCCGAGAUCAACAACCGAUUGCAAAAUUGCAACGCCAGAAUAGAGAAUCUGAACUCGCCCAUCAAACUCAACUUAUUUAGCUCUCACGAUUCUCUCAUCAAUCUGGAUAAGGGCGUCACUCUAGUCGAGUCCCUUCUUGUUAUCGGUCAAAGCUAUCUCAACAUCUUACUCGAGCUGAAAACAACCGCGGAGCGUCCAUACGAUUUGAAUAUCUCUGCAGCACAUAAUAUCGAAGCUAUUGAUCUGGCUCUAAGCUCCGAAGGGUCGCACGGCGAAGGCGAAAGCUCGCAACAGCAACAUUUGGAUCUACUGACCGAAAGUCUGUUUCCAACAACUUUUUACACCAGGGUGUUGGAUUCGUCAACAUCUCUGAUGGUCAUUGGAAUCUACGUUCAAUUGACAACCCUAUGGGACCUCAUGGCUUCCCUGGCGAUCAGCGAAAUGCAUGGGGGAACCAGCAUGUUGGACCUUGGACCGGCAGAGGGACUACGAUUUGGUGCAUAUGCCAUGGAUGACGGCCCAAUGCAGGCCUUGGUUUAUAUACAGAUGGUGACGAGAUUACUCACCCAGCUCGACCGGCAACUAGGUCUGUCCCCAACCGAUGAACUGCACCAUCAGUUACAGAACCAUGAAGCUCUCCUUCGGCCACGGCACAUCCAACUCCUUCAUACUGAGCUGAGUGAUGAUCAGUACCAAGGUUCAAAACGAGAACGAUUGAAACAGUCUUUGAGCAUUACGAAGAUCAUUAUGGAAACUUGCGGAUGAGUCCGA